AAACGCAUGACAAAUCGAUAACAAAUUUUGAGAUGGAACAUUUCUGAAAGCGAAAACGUCAUAUGACCAUUGGUGCAAAAGUUGGAGCUGCGAAGAUGGUCCGGAUGUUUUUCCUUCUAUUCUCACUGUUUGCUGCGGCGAACUGUGACCAGCUUUCGAUUCUAUAUUCUCCGAAGUCUCUCGAGUUUCGAGGACACAGCCGACUGGAUGUGCAAUCCAUAUCGGACGUAUUUGGUGCUUCCCUUGGGUACUCAGUCGCACACCCCACCGAAUGGGAUGGCCUGACCGUGAAAGACCCCUUCAACAUGGCCAAUGGAGCAAUGGUUCUCGUUGUCGAGGGUAUUGAAACACUGAAGCUCGAGGGAGCGCAUGCUUACGAACUAUACGGUGGGUCAGGUUCGGAAAUGAUCGGAGAGCUGGUUCAAAAAUCAGCAGAUCACAACGGUGUUAGUUUCGAAGUUGAUUUGAAAGAUUCGUCGGACAGUUUCACGACUCCACUGGGAACUGUUCAGCCAGACGAUGAAGAGGUGGAGCCGCACUAUCUAAAACCUAAAACGAACAAGGCCGACUCAGACUUUCUGCGCCAAGUCUCGUUUGUUAACGGACUAGCCGAUCUGCUGGUUACUUCAACCGAUGACAACAUACCUGCUGUCCAUAUUGUUCGCGUUUCAUUGGAAGCACUUCUGGCCGCUCAUGAACCGACGUCACCAGCUGUUGCCGAAGCACGCAAGCUUUUGUCAAAUGCACUGACUGAAUUAAAAACUGCUGCUGAGAAGGCUUUCGAUGGUUCUGUCGUUGUUGGUCUGAUCACCUCUACCGAGGCGCCUUUGGCUCGAUCAAAGCGCCAGGCUGAAACUCCCAAAGAAACGAAUGAAUACAAUUUUGCACAAAAGUACGACAGCAACUAUCCGGUGAUCUUCAACAUUGUGCUGUGGUUCAGCGUUGUUAUAGUGUUUUCUUUGCUGGCGAUCUCAAUUGCCAUUGCAACGAUGGAUCCGGGUAGGGAUUCUAUCAUCUACCGAAUGACAUCAACGAGAAUGAAGAAGGAGAACUAAACUGUCUGCUCCAUAGUCCACAAUGUUACCAUCAAUACUAUGUAAAACAUCUUUGGAACAAUUGUCAUCAUGUAGGAAGGAAAAAAAGUAUUACACCUGAAUAGAAAGACCUGAUGGAGCCAUCUAAAAAUUAGGCUGAACAAAUAUUUUAUUCUCAUCGAUCAUUGAUACCAACAGAUAACUUUUUCAGUGAUUUAAUUUUGGUUCUUUCAGCUAGAUAAAUCGGUAGAAUUUUGGUGCUCCCGAUCUUCACUGUUCUACGAUUUGAAUGAUUUCUUUAAUGUUUCGGCCUCUAAGAAUCUGCAAGAGUUUGCACAGAGACGCAUGAUUUUGUUGUUUUUUUUUUUUUCGUUAUUAAAGUUCAAUAAAAAGAACAUUCCAUCCCGGAUGAGUUCUUCAACAUA